AUGGCGGCGGCGGCGGCGGCGGCGGCGACGUCGGACGGGGUCGGCGCCGGCGUGGCCCGGCAGGCGGAGCUCCGGCGCGCCGAGGGCAACGCGUGCUUCCGCAAGGCCCGCCUCGGCGCCGCCAUCGACUGCUACACCGAGGCGAUUGCGCUGUGCCCCGACGUGGCCGUGUACUGGAUGAACCGGGGCCUCUGCCACUUCAGGCGCAAGGACUGGGCCAGGGUCGAGGAGGACAGCAGGAGGGCUCUCGCGCUCGACGACGCCCUGUUCAAGGGGCAUUAUCUGCUAGGAUGCGCCCUGCUCGAGAAGGAAGAGUGCGCUAUCGCCGUGGAAGAAUUUCAGAAGGCUUUGAAUCUCCUCAAGUCUUCGAAUUCAGUGGAUAAAAUGGCGGAGGACAUCUGGCAGGUACUUGCCAAGGCGAAAUAUCUGCACUGGGAAAAACACUCCACUGAACGAGUUUGGAAGAUGCAAAGCUUAAGGGAAGCAUGUGAAAAUGCUCUGCAGGAGCAUCACUUUCUUAGCGGCACACUUCCGGAACACUCUGACAAUGAGUACUCAGAACAAUGCAAACUAUUAUCUGAAGUCUUCACGAAAGCUGUACUUGAUGACACACCAGGAGAUGUGCCUGACUACCUUUGCUGUCAAAUAACUUUUGAGAUUUUUAGAGAUCCAGUUAUCACACCAAGUGGUGUGACAUAUGAAAGGGGCAUAUUACUUGAGCAUCUUCGCAAGGUGGGAAAUUUCGACCCAGUGACACGGGAGCCCUUGAAGGAGCAUCAGUUGGUUCCGAAUCUUGCCAUCAAGGAAGCAGUCCAGGCCUACCUCAAGGAGCACAGCUGGGCCUACAAGUCUUAACUGAGGGGAUUGAUGGUUGGCCUUUGGGAUUAGCUGAUUGAUUCUUGGGUAAACACUAACGAAAGCUUGGCAAUUGUACAUAAACAGCCAACACUCUCUAGGCUAGAGCAGUUUGUUGUCUAUAGGCUAGUCAUUUUCAGUGUUGAGCUGUUGAAUGAUUUAUUUGUGUUGAUCCUCUAGACUGACCAUUCAUCUAUUCUAGUCUGGUAUUAAUACAUUUUUACACCACUUC